AGAGAGAUAGGGAGAGGGAUGAGUCCAGUGGGCAGAUUGGAAAGAGAGAAAAGAUCACUGUUGAGAAAGGAGAAAAGCUUAUAAUUGUGUGUAUCUAUCUAACACAUGGCCUCAUCUAAUCUCAUGAGCUCAGUGUUGCCUGUUGGUGAGCUUCGCUGGAAGUACCAAACAGCGUCAGUGGUCCCCACCAACAAUUGAACUCUCCCUACAUGAUAUAGUAAGACACGUUGUCCGCUCCAUUGGCGUGGCCCACACCUAGUCUCUCUCUCUCUCUCUCAGGAAAGGGGUAGGUAAAGGAAAAAGGAAAAGCAAAGGAAUCAUCCAUCAAGCAAAAGACCAGGACGGUAGAAAGAGGAGGCCACAGAAUUCUCUCCAUCCCAUUCAUGGCGGAAAAGGAUGGACCAUUGCCAAAGUUUGGGGAAUGGGAUGUCAAUGACCCAGCCUCGGCUGAGGGAUUCACAGUAAUCUUCAACAAGGCUCGAAAUGAGAAAAAGACAGGUGGCAAGGUUGACUCACCACCAAAGGAUGACUCAAAAUAUAAGCAUGGAGCAGUUCUUGGGAAACCUCAUUCCCAGAAAAAAUGGUGUUGCUGCAUACAGUCCGCUCAUGCAGAAUCAUGAGGCUGCUUUUACCUCAUGAUAGCUUGAACAGGAAAACAUUGGCUUUGAAUAUCCGAGCUCAUAAUAUGUUACAGAAAGAAUGGAGCCGUAUCAUAUACUAUGAUGGAUCAUUGUAUCCUGGCUGGAAUCUGUUUAUCGUGUCUAAAUUGGUGAUAACGUACAAUUAGAGAAGUUUAAAGAAUAAUGUUGUAGUAUGUUCAGUAUACUGGCCGGUUAUUAUUGGGUGCUACUUCUCUCCUUUACUGAUAUCCUAUGAACUGACACUACUAUUUGUUAUUAUAUUCUUUGGAGUGGAUUUGAUUUACUUCUGGAUAAUUGCGGACUUAUACCGAA